AAUGAAUAAAUUUAUACUUUUUAAUUUUGGGAAAUUUCGUAGGUGAUUUAAUUUCUCUCCCACUGCGCAACUCCAAAGACUAAUCAACAGACUUUAAAAUGGUGGGAGAAGGAAGGAAAGCACCAUAUCUUGGGCUUAGAGUUUCUUAGAAAUGAAUAGGAAAGUUCAAGAUUGACUUCGAAGUCAUAUAUAUAUAUAUAUUGUCAUGUGUACAUGUUCAUCUAUAAAAUCAAUUAAAGCACAAGGUUUAAUUUAUACUAUAGAGAAUAACAUAAUGUAUGUGACAAGGCCUCUUUCUCUAUACAGAUCAGAUCAGUGUUCGGCUUCAGCUUCGGCCUCCGUCUUGGUGGAGGGUCCGAAUACAGGUGUUUUAGUGAUAGAAGAUGAAGGUUCGGAGAGGAGAUGGUUUUUUGGAUUGGUUAAGGAUGAAAGCGUGGAGGAACCACCGUUCCCUCAAAACAAGCUACUGGAGCUACGAUAUAAGAAAACUGCGGCGAGGCAGCGCCACCGUCGUCAUCCAUACACUGAUUACUUUUACGUAAUGCUAAUUCCAGUUUUGAAUCAACCUCCCAAUUCUAACCAAUAUUAUGUCAUUGAUUCCCGUGGCAAAUCUAAAGGGCUAGCAUGCACCAGUUCAAAGGAAGAUGACAUGAUCAGCUGUUGUUGCUUCAACUUGAUUGACGAUAUAAAACCACAACUUUUCGACCCAACAAAUCCCUAUCAACAAUUCCAAAUUAAUUCUAAAUAUUCAUUCUUUCAAAGUUCUUCCAAUGGUUUUAUCUCUAACUCAAUGGCUCCCGAUGGGGUUCCUCCAUAUUUCUUGAGACAUCAAGGUUGGACAGCUGAAACCAGAAAUCUUGAUCAGAAGUUUGACGCCGCGCCAGCUCUCGGCAUCGACGCUGCACUACGGGCUCGCCUUCCUGAGCUCGACUGUACUGCGGUCGACCCAGUGGUGGUGGGGAAAUGGUACUGCCCUUUCAUUUUCAUUCGUGAAGGAGAUGUUGGUGUCCAAAUGAGAGACUCUACGUACUAUGAAAUGACUCUCCAACAGAACUGGGAAGAGAUAUUUGGAUGCUACAAUAAUAACGAUCGUGGUCAUCGUGUGACGGUAGAUGUUUGUGUAAGAAGUGAGGCGGUUUUAGUUGGAGAGGCGUUGUUGGCGGCAGAGGGGGUGGUGGUUUCCGAUGGGAUUAUGUGGUUCAGUCCGUCGUCAACGUGGGAGGUGGGGCUGAGUAUGGCGAUUGUGGAGAGGGUGAAAUGGGAGGAGGAGAGAGUUGGGUUUGUAUGGGGGAGAAAUGAUCAUGAGGAGCAAAUAGAGAUCAGAACUGUGAGAAGAGAAGAGUUUGAAGGAAAGGGAACAAUAUGGAGAAGAUUUAGGUGUUACGUUUUGGUUGAAAAGUUUGUGCUUAAGAGAAUGAAUGGAACUUUGGUUCUUACUUGGGAAUUCAGACACACUCAUCAAAUUAGAACCAAAUGGGAAUGAAAAAAAGGAAGAAAAAAACAUCUCAACUAUACAUGUUUUCUAUGAUGGUAUAAUUUUGAAUGGAAAUAAAUAAAUAAAAUAGGACAUUUUCAAAAA